AUGAAACGCAUAUUGAAAGCACGCCUGGGAACCUUUCAGUCUCCGCCACUGAGGCUCUACUUCCGGUAAUUACAAUUCUGACGAAUGUUUCAACUUUGAUUAUUUUUUCAGUUCUCUGGAAUCUGAACAAGCAGAGGAACUGGAGACCUCAAUGGUCUCCUCAAUCGGCUCGACCAGUGUAAACACAUCAGAGACAACACUUCCUGUGCCAGUUACUGCUGACACCUGGUCGACAUCGUCUCUGGCAGAUCCAUUCCCAACUGAAGCAUUCUCUGGAGGUAACGCAUAAAAUGCCAUUUUAGUUGCUGAAAGGGCACACCAAUAUGUGGAAACAUGUAAAACAGUCCAUUUGAAGGUGUUCAGUAGAAAUAAACAAAGUCAUUAUGCUUGAAUUUAAAUUAGAAAUGAAGUACAGUACGAUGUCAAGUGUCAAUAAAUCUCGUUGAUGGAUGACAAAACUUACGGAAUGACGUAUCUGGUCCCAACUGCCGCCCCAGGGCCUACUGUCUGCAUUGAGCAGAAAACGAAUUUAUAAUAAGGAAUCUUGGAGGGGAUAUUAAUUGUCUGAGUGUCAAGACCAAGAGAUUAGACGCAGUUGAGUGUCUCUAUCACAACUGCUUAACACUCUGUUUACUGCCAAACCUGGUCAUGUCACCGGCAUGGCAGAUUGCGUUGACUGGCUUCUACCGUCCUGAAGAUGUUGCACACAUUAGCUUGAUCAAUAUCCCAGUUUACAAACGUUUCAUAGUUGUUGAAGUUAAUCUAUUCGAGUUCUGACAAGAAGAUUGGUGUUCGGAAUAUGCCCAUGUGGCCACACGUUUGCCUACUUUGUACAUCCGCAGACAGUUGUUCAUUCUUCAGCGAUUUUCAUUUAGUUUUAACGUAAAGGAUGUUUCAUUUGCAUGAAAAAUGGAGGGCAGUGGUGAGAAUUUUGACGAUUUCCCCUGAGCAAGAAAUUAUUUUCUGCACUGACAAGUGCGCAUAGACGGGCGUCCAAAAGUCUUUUAUCUGUAUUACAUAUCCUCACUUUCUAAUCACCCAUAAUAUCGUCAUCCCUAACGGGACCUGUAAGGCAUAAAGUAUCAAAGCCAGAACAGGGAGGCGAUGAGAACGAUGAAACGUUACAUGCGGUUUCGCAAUUUUCCAACGACAUGAGAGCCGAAUCGAAUUCACAGAGUGGAAGGUGGGCAUUGCUCCACGAGGAAGUAUUUGAUGACGAUCUUUUGCAAAUUGGUAAGUUGGCCCUUGCCCAUGCGUUUUGGGUGUCAUUUAACACCUGAAAACCGAGGGCCUUGUGCAAGUAAGUCAUUAUCUGCAUUGACAAGUACGUACUCUUCCAACUUCCACCUUAUUUUGAUAAAUAUAUGCUACUGACAUUCCUUUAGUACGUCGUUUAAAGUACAGUUUUAUCGGGUGUUGAAGAGUCGCGGAAGUUCGUAUCUGAAUCAGUAGCAUAGGAGAAAGCAUCAGGAUAAAUUUUGCGGUCACAAAAGUACACUUCCUUCUAAUAACUACCAUUUUACUGACAGAUUACGCAGAAUGCGUGGUAUAGAUCAACGUCCAAAACGCUUUAUUUCUAAAUCACAUAUUCUGCGCUAUCUAGACACCUAUAAUAUCUCCUACACGGACGGAGCUGGAACGUUUAACGUAUCAAAGCCCGAACAAGAAGGUGAUGCUAACGACGAUACGUUGGAUGCGGUAUCACAAAUGUGCAACGACGUGGAUACCGAACAUCAUUCAGAGAGUGAAAGGUGGACACGGCUCAACGAGGAUGUAUUCGAUGAUGAAUUUUUGGAAAUGGGUGAGUUGGCCUUUGCCUAUGCGUUCUGA